AUGGAGAUUAGCGUUUGCUUUAAUGAAACCGACAAAGCCGUCACAAUUAACGUUCCCGUUGGGUACACAAUUAAAAUUAACCCUGUUGGCAGACCACAGGCUGGUGCUGGAUUAAACGUUAAUAUUGGAGCCCAUCAUGCUCAUCCUCCGGCUGGUCCUGGAUCAAACGUUAAAAGCCCUAAAAUGGCUAACCCUAAGGUUUUCUUUGAUAUGACCGUGGACGGCAAGCCGGCUGGUCGGAUCGUGAUGGAGCUCUUCGCCGACACGACCCCUAAGACGGCUGAGAACUUCAGGGCACUCUGUACCGGAGAGAAAGGCAUGGGGAAGCUUGGUAAGCCACUCCACUACAAGGGAUCAAUCUUCCACGGGGUGGAUAUCAACUAUACGUUGUGUGGAGGAGAUUUCAUUGCCGGGACUGGAACCGGCGGCGAAUCGAUUUACGAAGAAAGAUUUUUCAAGGAUGAGAACUUCAUCAGAAAGCACACCGGUCCAGGUAUCCUCUCCAUGUGGAACUUUGGUGGGAACAAGAACGGAUCUGAGUUCAUGAUCUCCAUGAAUGAGAACAUGGAUUACGACGAGGAGUUCGUCGUGUUUGGCCAAGUUGUUGAAGGAUUGGAUGUGAUCACGAGCAUUAUGGAACAAGUCGGAGAUGAGAGCGGCUGGUGCAAGCCUUCCAAGCCCGUGGUGAUCGCCAACUGCGGUCAGAUUUCUUAG